ACUAAUGCAUUGAGUGGGAGAAAAAGAUCUUUCCCCCACCUACUCCAAGGGCCCCAAAGACCUUGGAGAUUUAUCUGCUUUCUAUGUCUGUGUGUGAAUGAUCGGCGGAGGAGAAAUAUUGGGGGAGAGAGUGGGAACUCAUAGAAUUGUAAGGUAUUUUAUGUGUAUUUCCCAAACUGCCUUUUGACCACCAUCCAACUGUGGCAGCGUGGGAUUCGUGAGCGUCUCUCUUCAUCCUGUGGCUCCAACAUGUACUUUCCCUGUGGGCUAAGUCUGCUAUACAGGGGUUUAUCCAGAUCCAUCGGAAAGACCACCCAGCGGAUCUGGGGUUGCCUCUCUAGAAGUCUGGUGCUGAGUUCACAAAGGAGAUUUCCAGAAUUCAAUAGCUUUGUUGCCAGGACCAACACCUGUGGAGAGUUGCGUUCUUCUCACUUAGGCCAAGAGGUCACCUUGUGUGGAUGGAUUCAGUACCGAAGGCAAAACACCUUCCUGGUCCUGAGAGAUUGCCAUGGGCUUGUUCAAGUUGUCAUUCCCCAGGAUGAGUCAGCUGCUUCUGUCAUGAAGAUUUUAUGUGACGCCCCUGUGGAAUCUGUGGUGCAAGUGUCUGGGACUGUUGUUUCGCGACCUCCAGGACAAGAGAAUCCAAAAAUGCCAACAGGUGAAAUUGAAAUCAAAGUCAAAACAGCUGAGCUACUGAAUCCCUGCAAGAAACUGCCCUUUGAAAUUAAAGACUUUGUGAAGAAAACAGAGGCUCUUCGUUUGCAGUAUCGCUACUUAGAUUUGCGUAGUUUCCAAAUGCAAUAUAACCUGAGAUUGAGGUCCCAGAUGGUCAUGAAAAUGCGAGAAUAUCUCUGUAAUCUGCAUGGGUUUGUGGAUAUAGAAACCCCAACAUUGUUUAAGAAGACUCCAGGGGGUGCAAAAGAGUUUGUGGUAGCAUCAAGGGAACCUGGAAAGUUUUAUUCCCUCCCCCAGAGUCCUCAACAGUUUAAGCAGCUUCUGAUGGUUGGAGGUUUAGACAGAUAUUUUCAGGUUGCCCGAUGUUAUAGAGAUGAAGGUUCAAGACCAGACAGACAGCCCGAGUUUACCCAGAUUGACAUAGAGAUGUCUUUUGUAGACCAGACCGGAAUCCAGAGUCUAAUUGAGGGUUUGCUUCAGUAUUCCUGGCCCAAUGACAAAAAUGCUGUGAUGGUUCCUUUUCCUUCUAUGACUUUUUCUGAGGCUUUAGCCACCUAUGGAACUGAUAAACCUGACACUCGCUUUGGGAUGAAGAUUGUGGAUAUCAGUGAUGUGUUCAGAAACACAGAAAUUGGAUUUCUUCAGGAUGCACUUAGAAAGCCUCAAGGAACCAUCAAAGCCAUAUGUAUCCCUGAAGGAGCAAAAUACUUAAAAAGGAAAGGCAUUGAGUUCAUUAGAAACUUUGCAGUUGAACACUUUAAUCAGGAAGUCUUACCUGUAUUCCUGGAAGGCAGUAGAAAUCAGAAUUCUCCAGUUGCUAAAUUCAUAAUGGAGGAGCAAAGAUUGGAACUAAUCAGAUUAAUGGAGAGCCAAGAAGAAGAUGUGAUCCUCCUAACCGCAGGAGAGCACAAGAAAGCAUGCUCUUUGUUGGGAAAAUUACGACUAGAAUGUGCUGACCUUCUAGAAGCAAGAGGAGUGGUGCUCCGUGACCCAGCUUUGUUCUCUUUCCUUUGGGUGGUAGAUUUCCCACUCUUCCUUCCCAAGGAAGAAGAUCCCACAGAGCUGGAGUCAGCCCACCACCCAUUUACUGCUCCCCACCCCAGUGACGUCCACUUCCUGUACACUGAGCCUGAAAAGGUCCGUAGCCAACACUAUGACUUGGUUUUAAAUGGCAGUGAAAUAGGAGGUGGUUCCAUCCGAAUUCACAAUGCAGAGCUACAGUAUUAUAUCCUGGCAACAUUACUAAAGGAAGAUGUGAAAUUGCUCUCCCACCUACUCCAGGCUUUAGAUUGUGGGGCACCCCCUCAUGGAGGAAUCGCCUUAGGGCUAGACAGACUGAUAUGCAUUGUCACUGGAGCUCCAAGCAUCAGAGAUGUGAUAGCCUUCCCCAAAUCCUUCCGUGGACAUGACCUCAUGAGCAAUGCCCCAGAUUACAUUCCUCCUGAGGAACUGAAGCCCUACCAUAUCCAGGUCUCCUGGCCAGCGGACUCAGAGACAGCCAAGAGCUCAUUGAAUCACAGACCCCAUCCAGAAAGUUGAGCUUUGUCCUCUUUGCUUCCCCAGAGCUAAAAUCAAAUCCCAAGUUCUGCCACAGAUCUAACAAUCAAGUCUUUAAAUUAAAAGAAUCCAGGCAACAUUCUUCACAAUGAAGAAAUAGAAAAUAUCCAGUUUUGACUUAAUGAUAGGCUUCAUUAGGGUUUGUUGUUGAGACUUUUGACAUUCCUUUUUAUUUGGACUGGUGUGAAAGUUGGCUCUUAGUUGGAGUAACAUAAUGGCCUAGUGCUUUCUCAUCAUGUGAAAUGUGGGAAAAUGCAUGCCCCUCUAGUCAGUUGAAGGACUGAACUAGGCUUUUAUGAGAAUCCUAUAAAUUAAGUUUUAUUGUUAUUUUAAAAGUGUGAGAAGCAGUAUAAUGCAAAAAAAAAAUCAGUGAAAAUAAUUUUCACCUUGAACAAGUUAAA